UGUAACAGCCAUGGUGGUUUAGAAUCCACAAAGUCUCAGUUUACAAUGAAUUUCUUCUACAGACUGGGUAUACUCAUUAUUCUGUGGAUACAAGCUUUCUUUGUGCCUGGGAUACAGCUCAAUAAUGGAAAUGUCAGUCACGUGUCAAAGGAAGAUGUUUUGCUCUUAAAGGACGAGCCGAAUCCCAAGUGUUUCUCUCGGACAAUGUGUGAUUUCAUCUGCUUCUUUGAGACCGAAGACAACCGGACUUAUGAUUUAUUCUACACUGCAGACCAUCCGCCAAAGAGGUGUGAAAUAUCUGUCCAGAGAACAGAGGAGGGAACUUUCCUACACAUCUGCUCGAUUCCUGAAGGAGACAUUUUAUUGUAUUUUGAAAUAUACCUCGAAGUCACUGAACCCAUUACCAACACCACUCUCCACAAUCGGACUCUUUUUGUGCACAAACAUGUUCUUUUAGAUCCACCAACUAAUGUGUCUUUACACUCAAAUGGCCAAGUGGGACAGCUGAAUGUUUCAUGGCAUGCAAACAUCCUCAAGUACAUCCAAGUAAAAGUGAAGUAUGGGAUUGAGUACUCCUCUGGGGCUCGUGACAGGGAGAGGGAGAAGAAACAGGAGGAUACCGUACUGGAUGCUCUGAUACCAGGUGAGGAGGUUAAGGUCCAGGUCAAAAUCAAACCUACUUCAGUUAACGAUGGCCCUUGGAGCAGCUGGUCACACCCUGUGCGAGCUGUGGUCCCCCAAAGCGCAGAUGACAUUGCACUUAUAUGCUUCACGUCUGACCUGCAAAAUGUCACCUGUCACUGGAAUUUGAGCAAAUAUGGUGAAGAAAACAACUUCAAACUUCUUUAUCAAAUUGGUCACAGUGAACCCCUGAGGGGGACAACCUGGAAUGAGUGUGCGGUUGAUGAGAACAUCACGGACUUGUGUUGUUUCCAUGGAGAAAGGUCCAAAAAAGUCUGGGUAAAGCUUACAAAGAGCUCAGGUCCAAUCAGGAGGAUUUUCUAUGCUGAACCAUUUACACUCAGCAACUCUGUCAAAACAUCCCCACCAACCCAUCUGAAAAGAAUCCAGAAUAACAAUAAGCUGUGCUUGGAAUGGGAAGCUCCUCUUCCAUCACUGUCGACUCACUUGCAGUAUGAACUUGACCACCAGCUGAAAGAAAACAAAGGAUGGAAGUUUUUCCGUCCAGAGAUGGUAAAGGGCCCUAAGACAGACACCUGUGUGGAGGUUCCAGCAGGGAGCCAGUACAGAGUUAGAGUCAGAGCUAAACCUGCUGGACACAUUUACUCUGGCUACUGGAGUGACUGGUCUGAUAUGCUCCAAGGUGAAACCCCCAGUGACACAGUUUCAGACAUGUUGGCUGAGAUCUGUAUCUCCAUCUUUACACUGUCAGUGGUCAUCAUCAUCGUCACCGCCUUGUGUUUCAUGUACAUCAGUAAACUCAAGCAGUAUUUUUGGCCACCAAUUCCCAACCCUGAGAAAGUCUUGCAGGGCUUUCUGAUAGAGAUCAACAGGAAUAAAAGGGAUCCACCUGUUCUAGCAAAGCAGUGCUCUGAAGAAACCACUACAUCUCUAGUGGAGAUCAUGUCUGAAGAAGAGGUUUCAGGGUUGAGGAAGACAUCGGAAGAAUUUUCCGAGCUCCUGUCAUCAGAAGGGAGCUUUACCAGCAGCAAACUGGUAGAUGGAAGCCCGGUUACUGAAGUCUUUCCAGACUAUGUGACUCUAAAUAAAAACAGUAUCUUUCUUUGCCCACAAGGAAACACUUACAUAUACGAGCAGGUCACAGAGAAAGGAGACCCUGAGAUAGAAGAUGAAUACCUUCCGACAUGUCAGUGCUCCUGUUCUGAUGGCUCAGUCUGUGUCUCACCUUGCUUAUGCAGUGACCUUCUUAAUCAUUCAUAUUUGCCUCUGGCUGAGCCUGCAGAUAAAUUCAGCUGCAAUGUCACUGCUGCAAGGAGUCCCGGAAACAUCUAUACUAACUUCCCCUAAAAUGAAAGAACGGUGUAACAAGUGCAUUUUGUUUCCAGUGGUACAGAUUUUAUGGACAGUAUACGCUGCACUUUGUACUGUCGGCUGUAGAAAGGCUUCAAAGUGAAAGCAGAGCUCAGCAGGGAUUUAUUUGAGGAUUAUGCAUCCUUUGGCUAAAGCGAAGAAGUGUUCCCACAUUUUUCAUCAACAGUCAGCUCUGAUAUGUAAUCUUUUAGCAUAGCUACAAUUUGGAAAGGAGAAAAAAGAGUAUCAGAUUUGCAGUUCAAGUUUUUACUGUAAAGGCUUUUAAAGAGACUUUGCUGUACUUUUCAUCUUUUUCUUAUUAAAUUGUAUAUUGUAUGCUGGGCUGUGUCUGGGCUGUGGAGCACGAUACUUUGUGAGACUACAAGUCUGUGACAGCGUUCAAGGGUGUGACAAUUAAGAAUCAUCUCUGAGUUGUGUCCUAUACACAGCCGUAUGCUUGCAGGAUCCCUCUGCGACACGUUCCUGCUCACUCGCACUGCCGCCGUUAAUGGAGCAGAGAGUCUUCAGCAGCUGCAUAUCUCCUAGAAAUUAGUUUUGUUCUGUAUACACUUUUUUUUUGGUGUUUUAAAGUGUAAUGAUAACAUUUUGAAAAGUAAUGCAGGAAAUCUUGGUGUAGAAGAUGUACAUUUUGUGUACAGUGAAUUUUCUAUGGAAAACACCCACCCCACCCCACACACACAUACACAAACGCAAACUGUCCUGCUAUUGUUGUAUACUGACUGAUCCUGUGUGUUAAAUUGUAAAAAUGUAUAAAAAGUAUUUCAUUUUCUACAGUGUCAUUUUCAGGCUUUGUUGUUUUGACAAUAAAUUUCAAUACCUUUA